AUUUUCUUAGUGAUCCUCCUUAUAAGUACUACAAUAAAAAUGUACCACCGUAGAUGGGAAAGAUUUAUUAAAAUUAGAUGACCGUAAUUGUUGUGCUUCUUACAUACUAAAACCUCAAUUUCCAAGCAGACAGUACAAAACAGGAUCGGUUUUCAAGUCAAACUUGCCACUUCCAAUAUGGCGGACGUGCUGACGCAUCGCUUCUACAGCUAAAGCCGCGUCUUCUCGUGGACACACCUAUUGGUGGCUGUCGCUUUAAACGCGCUUGUUUUGUUCUCUUUAGAUCGAUAUUGCCCCGCCCAAACAAUGCAGCCCUGUAAACAUAUCCAGCGCACCUGUACGAUGCCGUAGUUUUGCACGCGAAUUUACGCUCGGUGCUGAAAACAAACCGCGAUCCCGCACCAAAUCCAUUUACGGUGUUGGUAGUAAAGAGGAACACUACAUCUCCCUCUCUGCUCGAUUCGCUUCGAUUUCCAACAAGAACCAUCCGUCACGGACCGCUGGAAACCCUUACUGAAAGCAGCGGCAUCUCUUCAAAAGGAAACACCCUACGAGAGCGGGAGCGGUUUGUAGAGAAGAAUGGCGGAUCCAUGUAGCGACGUGCCUGUCGAGGCCGAGCUGUCGGAAGCGAUUAGUUCUGGACCUGUCCCUGGCUCUGACCCUGGUUCUGGACCCGAUCCCGACCCUGGUUCUGUUCUUGGUGCUGGUGUUGUUCGCGACGCUGGUCUUGCCCGUGGUUCUGUUCUUGCCCCAGCUUCUGGUCUUGGCUCUGGUCCUCGCCCCGACUCUGAAACUACACCUGGACCCAUGUCUGUAUCUAAAUCGGAGGAGGCAGCGGCCCCGGGUCCUAGUCCUGACCCAGGCCGUGUCCCUGAUGCUGGUCCUGCCCCUCUCUCCGACUCUGCAACUAUACUCGAUCCCGUCCCCAUGACUUUAUCAGGAUCGGAGGAGGUGGCGCCCCCACCUCGGUUGCCCAAAACAGAAGUGGAGACGGUGAAGGGACAGAUAUUUGAUGUCGGACCCCGCUACACCAACCUGGCUUACAUCGGUGAGGGGGCGUACGGAAUGGUCUGCGCCGCUCUGGACAACUGGACCCACCAGCGAGUAGCCAUCAAGAAAAUCAGCCCGUUCGAGCAUCAGACAUACUGCCAGCGCACGCUGAGAGAGAUCAAGAUCCUGCUGCGCUUCAACCACGAGAACAUCAUCGGGAUCAAUGACAUCAUCAGGGCACAGCUGCUGGAAAACAUGAGGGAUGUCUACAUCGUGCAGACUCUGAUGGAGACGGACUUGUACAAGCUCCUGAAGACCCAGAAGCUGAGCAACGACCACGUCUGCUACUUCCUCUACCAGAUUCUGAGAGGUCUCAAGUACAUUCACUCCGCCAACGUGUUGCACCGCGACCUCAAGCCCUCCAACCUGCUUAUCAACACCACCUGCGACCUCAAGAUCUGUGACUUUGGCCUGGCACGGAUAGCCGAUCCAUUGCAUGAUCACACUGGUUUCCUCACCGAGUACGUAGCCACACGUUGGUACAGAGCCCCAGAAAUUAUGCUCAACUCAAAGGGCUACUCAAAGUCUAUUGACAUAUGGUCAGUGGGCUGCAUUCUGGCUGAGAUGUUGACCAACAAGCCCAUCUUUCCUGGGAAACACUACUUGGACCAACUAAACCACAUACUGGGCAUACUUGGUUCACCAUCUCAAGAAGAUCUGAACUGCAUCAUUAACCUGAAGGCUCGGAACUACCUUCAGUCCCUGCCAGAGAAACCCAGGAUUCCCUGGGACAGGCUCUUUCUAAAGGCAGAACCAAAAGCCUUGAAUCUGUUGGGUCGCAUGUUGACAUUUAACCCCAACAAGCGCAUCACUGUGGAAGAGGCCCUGGGUCAUCCUUACCUGGAGCAGUACUAUGAUCCCACCGAUGAGCCCAUAGCAGAGGAGCCAUUUGAUUUCAGAACAGAACUGGACGAUCUUCCCAAGGAGAAGCUGAAGGAAAUGAUCUUUGAAGAAACGGCUCGUUUCCAGACGACCAGCCAGAUCAGCUGAGGCACAGUUUUAGCAAGUUAUUAUAGUUGCAGCGAGGCUUGUAGCCGGAAGACUCCGAGCGAUAUGCUAAAACGGAAAGAAAAGUGUAUCCUCAAGAAACCAACAAAAAUUGAAGACAACAAAUACAAAAAUUGACCUGCUUAUCUUUGCAUUUCUAUUGUAACACAGAGCUAAGUAUAAAAAUUGAUUGCUGUUACUGAGCGGGAUGUAGUGUGUCCAACUCGUACUGUUUUUGUUUUGCCCAUGUUGGACUCUUCACUCACCACACAUGUUUUGUUUUUACCUUGUUUUUAUGAUGCUUAUUACUGUUCUGGCUUGUCUGGCACCUUCGACAGUAACUCCUGUCCUCAUCUAACCCUCCAUGUCAGGUUGCUGAUGUUUCUGAGCUCAUCUGUCAUCUAUGUACCACACUACUGUAUAAACCAACUCCAUAACGCUCCUGAUUUAUGUGAAUGAGUUACUGCUUGGAAUAUUUGAGUUCUUAAAGACCAAGGGUAGAGAUGCGAACUAGGUGCGUGCAUAUGCAUACAGAAUAUACAGGAUUUUCUAGUUAUUUUUUUAAAUGUGCUUGACAGUUUUUGUUUGUAAAGUAGUAUUUGGUUCAGGCUUGUGUGAGUAUUUUUUUUUUUUAAGUCUUUUUUUAUUUUAGACAGAUUUGAGGCUUUUAGUGGCAUGUUGGCAGGAUUUCUUUUCCUCCUUUUUCUGUAGAAAACCCUGAUGAAUGCAUGCAUUCCUGAAAUACAAAGUGGCGAAGAGAUCCAAGGAAAAAAAAAAAAAAAGAUAUGCACAACUCGCCCUAAGACCAAGAACCCUGAAGGCUCCCUCAUGGAUCUGCAUCAUGAAGUAUAGAAGAGAGGCUCAUUAGAAUAUUGCAGCUGUGAUACCAAAGUCCCAUUUUUUUUUUUCUCUCGUUUCCUGAUGAGGAACUAUUGUGUUUUUUUUGGGUUGUUGUUUUUUUUUUUUUUUUGCACUCCUUUGCUUGGACAUGCAUAACUACGUUUAAACCUUUUUUUUCCUGUGUUACGUUAGAUUCCAGUAAGGGCUGUUGUCACGGCCAAAUGAAGCGUUCUUUGAUGAAACUGACUCCCGUCAUAUUAUAAAAACACACAUUCUGCUUCUCCUUGCCUCAGGACAGCAGUUGCAUUACUUUUUUUUUUUAUCUUGGUCCUUUUCACGUCAAAGCUUAAGUGAAGCAAAAUUUUCCCACUGAAUCGUGCCACUGUGCAUUCUUGCACAACACAAUGCAUGGUGGAAUGCACUUGGCUGUUGGUGCUUCAAGCGACGGUUAUGAUUUUUGUUUUCCUGCAUAUACAUGCCAGACCUAUUGCUCAUUGCCCAGAAAAUGAUUAAUGGGUUUUAUAUGUGCACAGACAAGUAAUUAUCAUUGCAUUGUAGUUUUGUGCUACAUACCAGUGGGCCUAAGUUGCUUCUUAAUAUUUGCAUUGUUUUGCGUAACAGAGAGUGCUGAUUUCUUGCUCUCUCUGUUUCUGUAACUUUCUCUCCAUGCAUCUUGUUCAGCUCUGCUCAUCAAGCCCGCUGAUUUGGACCACCUACUGCUUUGCGGAGCACCAUUCACAGGCUCUUAUAAGUCCACGCCAUUUGAUUGUGGGGAAUUUGUUUUUGCUGGUUGUGCUGGGAAAAGUAAGAAGAGAAGCCUGCAGAGAAAGGAACUGGACCAAAACAGCACAGUGGACCUUUCAUGCAGACCUCCCUGGCCUCAUCUUCAUCAUCUGUUUUUAAGUCUCUGAUUCGAGGUGCAUCCGUGGCUGUUUUCUCAGAAGCCAUAACCAGCACUCUGGGAUAGGUGGGAGGCUUUUUUUUUUCUUUCCACUUCCAAAUUGUCUCGCCAUGCUUUACUCAAAGGGCUGCCUCCUUAUCCUCCUCUUCGCCUCUCUGCUUGUGGUCUGAAGCUGUUCCCCUUGGUUCUGCUGAAGGCAGGCCCAAUCCCGACUCAAUCAGCAAGUCUGCACUUUGUCUCUCAAGCCAUGCGCCCUCUGUCUUCGUUCCCUCCGUUUUGAGGUUAUUUAAGCCACUCCCCCCACCCCCCCAUUUCUUGUCUCGUACUCGUAGAGCUUUACGUUCGGAUUGCUGUGUGUGUUUUGCAGAAAUGUACGUCUGUAUUAAGACUGUUUGUGUAUCUGCACUGUCAAGCCAAGACUUCUGGAUCAUUUCUCUGUGUGUUUUUAAUCCACCAGAUUUAUUCUUGGUGUUGCACAUACACGCCUCUUAGUUUUUUGGUUUUUAAAUGUCUUCCCUCCUAACAAGCCACCUGACCAAACAUUUUACUAGGGAAUACACUCCUACACACAUGCUCUCUGUCUUUCCCAAGGGUUGUAUCCCAGUGUGUCUCUGCAUUCCCACUGUAUCAACAAGUUUAAAGGCCUGCCCAUCUCAAACCCUGUUUGCAGAUGUUGUUCUUAAAUGGCUGUUCUUAAUAUUAAUGCUAUUUUAUUGGUGAUAUCCGUUUCUUUUUUACAUAAAAGGGAGCUAAGAGAUUUGUAUGUGUUUUCUCUUAUAGCCAUGAUUAUUAUUAUUAUUAUUAUUAUUAUUAUUAUUAUUAUUGGAAGUGUUUUAAGUCUUAUUGAAUCGCAUAAUAUUUUUUUUUAAUUUUGCCCAACCAGAUUGUAUAAAGAUUUAUUUUAAGAUGUUUUACUGAGAUUGUCAAGGAGAUAUGAGUUAUUGAGAGUUAUAGUCUGUAUAUGCUGUGGGUAUUAUUAAUUAAUUGAUUAACAAAAACAACAUUAUAUACAUGUAAUUAAAUAAAAUUUCAUCAUGCUGUUAA